AUGGCUCUAGCUGCAUUGAUCUUGCUGGGAAUGCUCUUGGGCACUCAGGCUAGCUAUAACUACAAGUUUGAUGUGCAGGAGAAAAGCAUUGCCGAAAUACACCAUGAAUUCGCAAGGGGGCUCACGUCCCGAAAGCUAGUCGAGCUCUAUAUCGAGAGAGUGCGGAGACACGAUCCUCAACUUAAGUCUAUCAUCGAGCUCAAUCCCGACGUGUGGAAGCUGGCAGACCAAGCCGAUGCCGAGCGCUCAGCAGCUGGUGGCUACGUCGGUGGACUUCACGGGAUUCCAAUUCUCCUCAAGGACAACAUUGCGACUGCUGACAGUCUCAGCACCACCGCCGGAUCGUUUGCCUUGUUUCCAAACACCGUCAAGGACGAGGCUUUCGUAGUUUCCUUGCUCCGAAAGGCGGGAGCCAUCAUCUUCGGCAAGGCCAACUUGAGCGAGCUCAUGCACUUCCGCUCCCAGCUGCUUCCAAAUGGCUUUAGUCCUCGGGGCAACCAGACAAAGGAUCCAUACUCGCUCGACAGCGAUCCUUGCGGUUCUAGCACUGGUUCCGCUGUUGCCGUGGCUGCCAAUCUGGUGUCCGUGUCUCUGGGCACCGAGACGCAAGGAUCACUUAUCUGUCCUUCAAGUCGAAACGCUGUUGUGAGCAUCAAGCCAACGGUUGGACUUACCAGCAGGAGCGGAGUGAUCCCCAUAUCCAUCAACUUCGAUACAAUUGGGCCCAUGGCGAAGACUGUGGCUGAUGCAGUCUUGACGUUGGACAAGAUCGUGGGGUCCGAUCCCAAAGACAAAGCCACCUUUGCGUGCAAACUUCCCGACUAUGGAUUCCACUCGCAUCUGAAAGCUGAUGGCCUCUGCGGCAAACGCAUUGCCAUAUCUCGAUCCCCGUUCUUCGACGAGGUUCCAUCGUUUGAGGUGGCAGUGAUCAACAACGCGAUUGCCACCAUGAAGAAGAAAGGAGCAGUGGUCAUCGACAACGUCACCAUUCCAACCAUUGGAGAGAUCAUCAAUGGAACGGCGCUGUUUCCACCGCCGCUUAAAGCCGACGUUGUCACGCUGCUGACAGACUUUAAGAUCCAAAUCGAGGAGUAUCUCGGUGGCCUCUUGGAAACACCCGUGAAGAACUUGCAAGACAUCUUCGACUUCGACAGGUUUUCACAGCCCGAGGAGUUUGCCAAGUUCCCAGACGACAUCUUCAAUGCGUCCUUACAGACCCAAGGCCGGGACACCGCCGCAUAUCAGCUCGCUCUUGCCACGGACUUUAAUCUCACCAGAGACGGGCUGCUCAAGAUCUUCCAGGAGCUGCAGCUGGACGCAAUUGUGGCUCCCGCCGAUAGCUCCAUCGCGGUUCCAGCUUCCAUCGGAGGCUUUCCAGCGAUAACCCUUCCCGCGGGAUACUCUCCACUAAACGGCCUCCCAUUUGGAAUCACCAUCGUCGGGAAUCGCUGCAGCGAGGCAAAGCUGGUGGAGAUUGCCUUUGCGCUCGAGCAACAAACCAAAGCCAGGAAACCACCACCUUUGUUUGCCUGACAAGUACAUUCUUUUGUAAAGGUCAUGUUGCUGGACAAGAUGAAGAACAUUGCAAGGAAUGCAACUAGCCACUUGCUAGAUACUAUUAUUUGGA